CUGUCGUAUAAGUUACGAGAACGACACGUUUCAACUUCAAUACUUGCAAAUCUUGGUUCUGAGUUACGUAAUUAUAUACUUAGAUUAUAUAUUCGAGUAAAUAUUUAUUCUACGCCGGUUUUUUUAUUCGUAGACAUUCUCAGGGUAUACCCAGUGUCGUUUACAGAUGACACAUUCAUUUAUUAUGAAAGGUUUCUUUGAGUCACUAUAGAUAAGAAAAUGCAGAUAAUUAUUACUUAGGAGUGGUAGUGUGUGAGACUAUCUACAUGUUUUGCAAUUUUCAAACACAGACCAAACUAAGCGCAUGCCAAAUGUAAUUAAUUUUCGCCGCGUUUUCUCCGGUUUAUUACCAUGCAAAUUACUUCGUUUAAAUGCUUGUGUGAAGUGUAUUUUUGCUCAUUUGCAUCGUGAGCUUGGUUUUAACGAGUGCGUGAAUCAAUAAAAAUGCAAUUAAAGCUACAUUCAUCGUGGUUUUGGAUAGGUGCAACAUAUUUAAUCUUAUCAAUGGUACUACAUUAAUAGUCUGUUAGCUGUUUGAAGUACAAAAGAGGAAAAUUAGAUAAGAGUAUUACAAGUGUGAUACGUGGAAUUAAAUCGUUGAGGCGUUGGUUUUCGUCACGUCUACACAUCCAAAAAGUGUUUUUCUGUAGAAAAAAGCGUGCGUUAAAAUUAGCCUGAUCAUCAACAAGACUGUUAGUGUAAUGAGUGUUAACCCGCUGUGUUUAUUGGACUUGCGCUCUUCUCGUUAACGUUUGCACGCAUUUACGCGUUAAUGUUAUUACUUCCUUAGAAAAACACCACCAAACCAUAAAAGUUGCCGCUUUGCCACACUCCAAGCAAAGUGAGUGAGUGGGUCAGCGUGUAAAAUAAAUUUAGCUGUUGUGUGUUCGUGCGAAGAGGAAGUCGUAAUGUUGGAAAGUGUUUGACCACACGCAUGUGUAUGUAUGCGGACAAUACGAUUGUGGUGUGGUCAAUUCUCUGCGCAUUGUGAUAAUACGACCAAGUGCUAAAUAACCGCGAGCUCAUGCAAUCUCAUUAGUAAUCCAGUGUUCCCAAGUGUAGUUUAUAAUGUUUAUAUCCCUUCACAACAAGAUGGUAUCGUUAAAACUGGGACUAUUUGUAUUUUUUACUAUUUUCUCUUAUUUGCAUACUGUGAACGGACAAAGUUUCGCGGGUUUUAAAACCAAGUGCAAAAAUGAUUACUUAUUGGACAUUACUAAUGGUACUAUGGAUAAAACCACGAAAAAGAUUCAAUUUCAAGACGCAACUUAUCCUGAAGAGAAAUAUUUUCGCCAUGAUGAUUUGAUCUAUGGAUGUGUGUGUGAUGUGCAACUAUGCAUUAGCAAAUGCUGUAUGGAGAACCAUCCGUUGAACAUAACAUGUGAACCGGGAUUCACAAAACACGUCAGAGUUGAUACCUAUCAUGAAAAUAUCACUAGGGCAGCACAAAACCCACGACAUGUUUCGACAUAUUGGAAUAAUUGUUCAUAUUAUGAACUGGAAGAGGGUGAUACUUAUUAUUUAAAAAAUGAUGGUAGACUGUACUUUGACAUGGAGGAUAGACACUUCAACUUGCAUGAAUAUUGUGUUGCUCAGGACGAAAACGAGAACAAACUGUCUGUACGAUUAUGCUUUGACCAAGAGGAAUUAGCCAGUGUGGGGCAAGAAGUUGAGGAAUUUCACAAAUAUGGAAUGUUGAUUUCCGUACCGUUUUUGUUGGCCACACUAAUUAUCUAUUUUAUUCUGCCGGAUAAGAAGAUACAAAUCAAAUGUAUGAUGGCUUACGUGACUUGCUUGAUGCUCUCGUAUAUUGUCUUAAUUUAUUUACAAUUUAACGCGGAUUUGCCAUCACCACAUUGUCAAAUAAUGGCUUCUUUGGGAUUGUAUUUCUUCAUGGCAACGUUUUGUUGGAUGAAUGUCACUUGUAUCGAUAUGUAUUGGACAUUCUCUGGUAAACGAGGGCCGGUGCAAGGCAAUUCAUCAAAAUGGAAACGCUUCCUUCUGUACUGCGCUUUUGCAAAUGGCGCACCGCUUAUAUUACUUGCUAUUGUCUUCGGCGUUAAUUCACUUAAAACGUUUCAUGGACAUCCCGAAUUUGGACAUGGACAAUGCUGGCUUGCACAUGGUCUCUCUCAGUUCUUAUAUUUUUAUCUGCCAAUGGCGAUUUUAGUUAGCAUCAACUUUGUCCUCUUCAUCAUCACUGCGCAUACAAUCCGCACUACGAUUCGUGAUAAUCAGAAAAUGCUACGCAGCAAGGAAAGCCAACGUCAUAGUGAAUCAAAUAAACAGGACUAUGUUCUCUACGUGAAACUCUUCGGUGCAAUGGGAAUCAAUUGGACAAUGGAGUUUAUUUCGUUUACAGUCGAUUGGUGUUUAGGUCAUGACAAAGUCACAUGGAUUUGGUACCCGACCGACUUCUGUAAUGCCAUCUAUGGCAUUUUCAUCUUUGUUUUAUUUGUUUGCAAAAAGGCUGUUUGGAUCAAAUUGAAACAAAGAUAUUAUGUCUGCAUGGGCAAACCCAACAUGGCGCGCGCAUUAUCUACACACACUUCGGGUAAUCAUACAAGUGUAACUGAAAGAACUAAUGUGGAGGAUUCAACAGUAUCCCAUAAUUAUUCAAUGAAAUUGAAUCCAAUGUAAUAAUUAUUACAUGCGCUUAAAUGUACUUAUUGGCAUUGCAUAUUGCAAUGCCGCACCGCCAUGUUCGACGUCUAUUAAUUGAUGAUUACUAUAUGUAACUAUUUAUUUGGAUAUGUACUUUCUAAAUAUCAAUUUUAAUCUUGUGUGCCAUAAAUUGUCGCAUUUUUACAAAUGUAGGUGUUUACAAAUCUUAAGACUGCUUAGUGCUUUUCGUAUAAUGUACAGGUUUUUAAUUUCAUUACUUCGAUUAAACUAUUUAACAAGUCAA